UCGCAGCCCUGUCGCCACUGGAAGCUGUCGCCUUAGCGCUGAUGUCUGGCUGUUCCGUGGCCAUGGACGAUCUCGGGGAAGAGGGGGUGGGUCUAACCAAAGAAGAGCUGACACCCACGGGCGAUCGCGAGACAGGGAAAAGGAGGGGAGAAAUGAGAUUGGUCUGUGAAUCUGGUUCGUCGGGCGGCGGCUAG